AUAGAGAACUGAAGUCUCCUCUCCCCCCUUCGUGUUUUAUAACAGUUGAUCUCACGGUUAAUUCCUGAGGGAAAACAUUUCUAAAGAUGAGUGAACUGGAACAGUUGCGACAGGAAGCAGAACAGCUGCGGAAUCAGAUUCAGGAUGCUAGGAAGGCGUGCAAUGAUGCCACCCUUAUUCAGAUCACAUCCAACAUGGACUCUGUGGGUCGAAUACAAAUGCGAACACGCCGCACCCUGAGGGGUCACCUUGCCAAGAUCUAUGCUAUGCACUGGGGAUAUGAUUCAAGGCUAUUAGUCAGUGCUUCUCAAGAUGGAAAAUUAAUUAUUUGGGAUAGCUAUACAACAAAUAAGAUGCAUGCUAUCCCUCUGCGGUCCUCUUGGGUGAUGACUUGUGCGUAUGCACCUUCGGGUAAUUACGUUGCUUGUGGAGGACUGGACAACAUCUGCUCCAUCUAUAAUUUAAAAACCCGAGAGGGAAAUGUGAGAGUGAGCCGUGAAUUACCUGGUCACACGGGCUACUUGUCUUGCUGUCGUUUUUUGGAUGACAGUCAAAUUGUCACAAGUUCAGGAGAUACAACCUGUGCUCUGUGGGACAUUGAAACCGCCCAGCAGACCACCACGUUCACUGGGCACUCGGGCGACGUGAUGAGUCUGUCUCUCAGUCCUGACAUGCGGACUUUCGUUUCUGGCGCUUGUGAUGCCUCCUCCAAAUUAUGGGAUAUCCGAGAUGGCAUGUGUAGACAGUCUUUCACUGGACACGUGUCAGACAUUAAUGCCGUCAGUUUUUUCCCAAAUGGCUAUGCUUUUGCCACUGGCUCUGAUGAUGCCACAUGCCGUCUCUUUGACCUGCGUGCUGACCAGGAGUUAUUAAUGUAUUCCCAUGACAAUAUCAUCUGUGGGAUCACUUCUGUAGCCUUCUCAAAAAGUGGGCGCCUCCUGUUGGCUGGCUAUGACGACUUUAAUUGUAAUGUGUGGGACACGCUGAAAGGAGAUCGCGCAGGUGUUCUUGCUGGUCAUGACAACCGUGUCAGCUGCUUAGGUGUAACUGAUGAUGGCAUGGCUGUGGCUACAGGCUCUUGGGACAGUUUUUUGAGAAUCUGGAAUUAAACCACACCGUGCAUAAUUUCCAUUCUCCAUUGAUAUCUGGAGGAAUCAGUGCUACAGCCGAUAGCUGUGAAAAAAAAAAUCCUACCUUCUAUUUGCAAGUGAAGAUUUUUUUAUCGAGCCACUUAUGAACAAAAGGAAACUUCCAGUACAUGUCAACACAUAAGAUGAAAAGCAAAACAAAGACGAAGGUGCUUGCUGAGAUCAAAAGGACCAGUGUCUUUGAAGAGUCAAGUUUAUUUAAGAUGAAUGAAUUUGAGCUUAUACGCAAUUUAACUCUAUGUUCUUUGAAAAAAUGUUCCCAUUAUAGCAGCCUACCUGUAUUUGUUUAUUUGCCUUUCUAAAGGAACUACAUUUUUAAUUUUGUAUACAUAUUACAUGUCUUAAUUUUGUGUUUUUGUAAUAGUCAUAGGGUGGGAAUGAAACAGUGUGUUGUGCAUAGAAAGAUUCCUUCUUUGAUUUUGAUUUUCCUUUUCUAUCUGAGAAAGCCUAGUACAUAUGAGGGAAAUCAUUAGGAAAAUCAUUAGCUUCUGAUAUGUUGUUUUCCAGUUUAAUUAAAUGUUCAUUUUCAGUACUUUGAGGGAUGAGCAAAGUUGAGGCCCAGAGUAUAGAGAUUUCACUCUGAAAUUUUAGACACACAUAAGAUCUAUUGAUAUUAGGUACAUAGAAGUAAUACGUUUAUAUGUUUCUUGGCAUUCUAAAGGCCUGGUUAUGAUCUCAUGAUAAUAUGAGUAACUCUAGAUAGUUGGCUUUUCCUACUGAUUUCAUUUUCUGAAACUGAGUUUGUAUUCGUUUCAGGAAUUUGGACUUUGGAUUGUUCUUGUAUCAGAAACUUCUCUUCCUUGUGUGCUCCCUCCAUAGCAACUAGAAUUAGAAUUCCCUGGAUAUGAAAGGUGUAUAAAAGCUUGUCUUCAACUAAAUCUGAUUAUUUAUAAUAUGAUAUUGGUGGCUUUAUGAAUUUAUGUUCAUGUAACUUAAAAUCUGAAUUGAUACUACCUGCCUUCACAAUUUUUAAUCUAAAAUUUAAAAACUAAACAUUUAAACUUUUACUCUUUUAUAAUAUUUUUUUCGCUUAGUACAAAGUACUGAUUUCUAAGUGGUUUUGCUUCUGAGAAUGCCUAGACCUAAGUAAGACCCAAAAGAAAACCUCCAAGAAAAAUUCUGAAAGCAGGAGUCAGAGGAAAAUACUAAGCCGUUUCUUGGCUUGUUAUGUAGCUUUUCCUAGAAUGGGCCCCUGAAUUUAAGUAGAUACAUUCUCCUUGAAUUUUCUAUUUCAAAUAAAUCUGAAUAUUUCACAGUAUGGAGAUUGUUCAUCUUGAUGGUGAAGUCACAAGCUGGCCCCUAUUAUAUAGAAGCGCAUUGUUUCAUAACGUAACACUGUCAGUUGCCAUUGAGGUGGGUUCUGUUAACUUUUGGUCACCUGUAACUGUAAACCUAAAUACUCCUAAACUUCACCUGUAUAUUUUCAUUAUAUAUUGUAAAUGUUCUAAUGACUCGAUUACAAUGAAAUAACAGGUUUGUGUCUGAUCAGUUGACAGUAAAAAGAAUACAUAUAAAAGACUAUAAUGUAGGGCCUGAGCUGAAUAUUAUAGAAAGAACGCAUGAAUGUAUAUUUAUAUGCAUAUAUAAAGUUCCCAUUAGCCUUUUAGCUGUUAGUAACUGUGGUCUAUUUAUAUCACUUCAUAAAGAGCAGCUCUUUGAAAUAAGACAAGAAUGUUUUUCUGUGUUUUUGUUUUUGCAGUGUUAGAAGUCGAACCCAAGGCCUCAAACACACAAGACAAUGUUCUUCCAUUGAGCUAUACCC